AGAGCACUCACUACAAGUCUUAUAAAAGCAGGUUGUUUUGGCUAAUACAGUCAGUCUAAAGCAGUCAAGAAUUCAGCAGAAGAAGAAUUCCAGAUAAACUACAUAACGAAAUCUAUAUACUAAAAGCAAGAUGAACGCUUGUUUGAUAUUCAUUUUGAUAGUGCAAAGUUUGUUCGGUGAGUUUUCCACUAGUUAUAUGGACGCUAUUAUUUUGUGUUAAAAUGUAAUGUCUUAAUCUAUUUAGUCAUGCACAUAUUUCCAUUGCAGCGAAGGUUAUAGAUAUACUCCAUCCAGUUCUAUUUAAUUAAUUCGAAUCACACGCACUUUUGAGACUUGAGUGCAUGAGUGAGUCAAGGACUAAAGGGCAUGCAUGCAUGCGAUUCACAGCUGCAUGUAUAGACAGUAAAUUAAAACUUCUGCAUGAAAAAGCCUAUAUCUUACAGAUUAAUUCAUAUUUUAAGUUAAUUCAAAUCCCCAACGACAAAGUAAAAUGUCUUCAACAUCUUAAGGAUUAUAUACUUGCCUAUAGCACCAGCAACGGUAUAUCGGACAAACACACUAGUCUGGAAAACUACCUACUAUAUACUCGAUGUUUCUGUUUUACUCCAGAAUACAAUAAAGUUUCAUUGUUUGCAGGAAUUUGCACUGGACUUUCAAUGUCGAAUAGGUACUACAGUUUUCGAUUUGCCCAUGAUUUAUAAUUAUCUAGUUUGAUUCUAAUUUUAAAUUACCUCUCAAUUUUCUCACAAAACCUAAAUCACGCUAUAUUACUGUACGUCUAUAGUAUAGGUUUAUUACUCACGAUCUGUUCAUGUGAUCUACAGUAGCUUGCAUGCAGGUGCCCAGGGCGAAACUUUCCUAAGGGGCCAUAUCAGAUGACAUAAUUGCAGCAGACGCGGAGAAGCGGUGUUUUACACAAUGUUACCACUAAAAAUCCAUAUGAGCAGGUGGUAUAUAGUCGAGAGGUGGUAUAUAGGCAAGACGUCUCGACAGACAUGCCAAAAGGGGGGGCAGGGAAGAAUUUUACUCCGUGCCAAUUAAGGCCAUUAAAAUUUCUUGAUACAGGAUGGCCAAACUGAGAAUAUAAAUCCUAGCUGCGUUAGUCCCGGAUAAUAUGAAAUAAAGCGUAACAUGCUUGCAAAACAUUCAUUUCAAUCACGCAACACAGAUAUUUAAGUGAACGACUUUUGGUAUUUUUCCCGAUAUUUUUUUCAAGAAAAGUUAUACUUUGGCAAUGUAUUUAAUACUUGUUUAUUUAAAGUACGAUUACCACGAGGCCCUAUAUAGCCGCGAGAUCAUUGAUAUAUGAGCGAGGUAAUUCGGUAAGCAUGGCCUUCGAUUCUUUUGAGGUUAAUUAAUUAGAAAAACAUCAGCUAGGGCCUAGGCUAAUUGAUAGCUGCGAAAUAUGAGUAAUAAAAUAUAAUAAUUCGAUUUUUCAGCAUCAAGCAGUACGUCAACAAUUCUUCAACCAAAACAUUGCUCAUUGAAGAAAGUGACUGGACCUUGCCGAGCAUACAUGCCAAUGUAUUAUUACAAUCAAAGUCAAGGGAAAUGCAUUCAGUUCAUUUAUGGUGGUUGUGGCGGGAAUGCAAACAGGUUUAACACCCUUGAAGACUGCGAAAAACAAUGUGACCGAGGUAAAGUAUUUUUUGGCAACAUUAUUUUUAUUUUAUGAUGUGAAUUUAUAUUGAGAGCAAGACUUGCGUGUAGUUAAGAUAAUUACAUAACAUUUUAAAUAUACAAUUUUGGUCCCCAUGUAUAUACUUUUUCACAUGCAACUCAAUUUUUUGUUCCGAGUUCAAAUUUAGAAAACUACAUACACGCGCGAGUGUGCUUUUCAAGGGACGGGUACUGUAUUUUUGCGAACUAAUUUUACCAUUCUCUAACUAUUGCCAAGACAAUCAGAAUUGUUUAUUUUAAAAGUGUAUAUAGAUAAGGACGGAUUGCGAUACAACUAUUGAAAAGUACAAGCAGAACUUUUAGAGCGAAUGCCCGUCGUCGGCAUAUUCCGUGAUAUUCCGAGUUUUCACAACGCCUCUAAAAAGAACUCUUUUGGAUCACGGUCAAGAUAUCGUAAAAAGCUGCCCGCUCCUGCAGCCAAUCAGAUUGCAGGAAAUCAAAAAUAUCACUAGGUAUGCACAAAUAAAAAAUAAUAGAUAUUUUGUUUAUUCCGUUUUCAUUAGAAAAAACCUGUGUACGACCUUGCCCCCUCAUAUACAGGCCAAUAUGUGGAUCAGAUGGGAAAACAUACUCCAGUAACUGUGAGUUUGAAGUGGCGGAUUGUUUGAGUAAUGGAAGAAUCAAGAAAGUUCACGAUGGAGCAUGCAGUGAGUAAAAAGCACUAUUACAAUUAGUAUCUCUUCAUUUUAUAUGCAUUGUUUUAAUUACACUGGCUCAAAUAGGAUUUUUUCCAAGAGGUGAAGGACAACAUCAUCCAGUCCCAAAUAAAUAAAAGAUAACUAUUAUCCAGAUCCCACCAGUGACUAUUAAACGGUCAACACUUUGGUUAGUAAAAGGAAAAUAAAAAGUGCUGAUUACCUUUUUGUUCUUUUAAGGUGUAUGUUCCCUUGACAAAGAUCCAGGUUUCUGCAGGGGUUACUUCCCACGAUAUUUUUACAGCUCCAAGUCGCAAGCUUGUGAAAAGUUCAUAUAUGGUGGCUGUCAAGGAAACCAAAACAACUUUGUAACUCUUCAGGCCUGUCAAGAUAAAUGCCUAUGACUUGGUAUGAUGAAAUAUUAAUUUGUUUCACUGGCCAGACCUUUUUCAUCAUUGUCCAGCCAUGCAUCGUCGGUAUUAUGCUUUGAAAUGGAAACACGAGCUGGUCAUUACUUUAAAAUAUCAUAUGUUGCAAAAUUUCAAGGCAAAUUUCUAGGAAUUAAUACUAGUCGAAUACGAGCAUUAAUUUUUUAGCGAUACCCAGCAAGCCUUUCGCGCUCGUAUUCGAUUUUUCCGCUUUGCUCGGGGACAACCUUAAUUGAAAUAGCUGUAUACUGCGGGUUAAUUUAACUUCCAGUAUUAUUUUGCAAGUACAUCUUCUAGGAUAUGCUCCUUUUCACAUUGUAUAAUCAUAGGGCCGCGGUUUAAAUCUUGACUGUCGUCAAUUAAAUGAAUUUUUUUUUUAAAUUUUAGGGCAUUGCUGAGAACCACAUUAUAUGUUUCCAAACAGGAAGCAAGAAAACGCAUAUGAUUUAUAUUAUGAUUAGUGUGAUAGUGCAGUAAAUGAUUUUCUUAUAUGACUGUAGUGUAUUACUGUACAUGGUUUUCGAUGCAGUUUGUACUGUAGUACUGUAAUAUUCUUGUUUGUGUUAAUCACUCAAUUUACGAAUAAAUAUUUGAAUCACCA